AUGCAUCUUGAAGUCGAACGUCUUUGCAAAUUGAAAGCUGACGGAACUUUUUUGUUUAGGGAUGUGUCAUUAUCUUUGAAAGAUAAAGAAAUCCUGGCUAUUUCUGGGCCAAGUGGUUCCGGGAAGUCAACAUUACUAAAAUGCAUUGCGCAGUUGACGUUGUACGAGGAAGGAAUAAUUUACUUGAACAGAAAGUCUCCAGAGGAUUACGGAAUUCCCAAUUGGAGAACCCGUGUUAUGUAUGUUCCGCAAAGGGCUCCCGUAAUGCCGGGUAGUCCAAUGGAAUUCUAUCAGAAAAUGCUAUCGUUUAAACAUCAGAGAUCGAGAAAUUGCCACGUCGAUCCUAUUGAAAUUUCCCAACAGGACGAAUCAUGGGACAAGGAAUGGAAUCAGUUGUCAGGAGGAGAGAUUCAGCGUAUUUCGUUAGCAAUUGCUUUAUCUUGUAAACCCGAUGCGUUACUUCUCGAUGAACCAACAUCUGCUCUUGACCCCGACACGUGUCUUUUAGUUGAAGAGUCGCUUAAAGAAUACGCGUGUAUUCUGGUGACCCAUAAUCCAGAACAAGAAAGACGUAUCGCGACAAAUUCAUUCAUGUUGAGACAUCAUGUAGAUACUGAAGAUAAUGCAGAUGUAUCGAUAGACAAUUGA